CCCAUAUGAAACUGUACAAGAGAAUUGAGAUUCCAUAAGGCAAAAGAGUUUAGGGUUCGGAGUUCUCAGAGAAAGCAGAAGAAUCGACAAUGGAAGCGUUCGGUGGGUUCGCGGUGGACGAGAAAGCCGUUACGGUUGAGAACGCUUUUUUGGAUUUUCUCAAAAGUUUCAAAUCUAGCCAACGGAACGAGAUUCAAUACGAAGCGGAGAUUGAAGUGAUGAGAGUCAACGAAUCCAACACUAUGUUCAUCGAUUUCUCCCACGUCGUCAAAUUCAGUGACCUCCUCCAGCAGACUAUCUCCGAUGAGUAUUUGAGAUAUGAGCCUUAUUUGAGGAACGCUUGUAAGAGAUUUGUUAUGGAACUCAAGCCGUCAGUUGUAUCCGACGAUGGCCCUAACAAGGACAUCAACGUUGCUUUCUACAACAUUGCAGUUAUUAAGCGGUUAAGGGAAUUGGGCACCUCGGAAAUUGGGAGACUUGUAUCCGUUACAGGAGUGGUGACGAGGACAAGUGAGGUUCGACCUGAACUUCUCCAAGGAACUUUCAAGUGCUUGGAAUGCGGCGGUGUUAUAAAGAAUGUUGAACAGCAAUUCAAGUAUACCGAGCCAACAAUCUGUACAAAUGCCACCUGUAGCAAUCGAACAAGGUGGGUAUUGCUUCGCCAGGAGAGCAAGUUUGCUGAUUGGCAGAGGGUCAGAAUGCAGGAGACAUCCAAAGAGAUACCUGCGGGCUCUCUUCCUAGGUCAUUGGAUGUUAUUCUUCGUCAUGAGAUCGUGGAACAGGCCAGGGCUGGUGACACGGUGAUUUUCACAGGUACAGUAGUUGUCAUACCUGACAUAAUGGCAUUAGCAUCUCCUGGAGAGAGAUCAGAGUGUCGUCGUGAUGCUUCUCAACGCAAGGGUCCCACCGCUGGAAAUGAAGGUGUCGGUGGCCUCAAGGCCCUGGGAGUUAGAGACCUCUCCUAUCGUCUAGCGUUUAUUGCUAACUCUGUUCAGAUUUGUGAUGGAAGAAGAGAAAUAGACAUCAGGAAUAGAAAGAAGGAUGUCGAUGAAGAUUACCAACAGUUUACUACGCAGGAACUGGAUGAAAUUCAACGAAUGAGGAAUACUCCUGAUUUUUUCAACAAACUAGUUGAAAGCGUUGCUCCAACUGUUUUUGGUCAUCCAGAUAUAAAGAGAGCUAUCCUUCUUAUGCUCAUGAGUGGUGUUCACAAAUUUACUCAUGAAGGCAUCAACCUCAGAGGAGACAUAAAUGUUUGCGUUGUUGGAGAUCCCAGCUGUGCAAAAUCUCAAUUUCUUAAGUAUACUUCAGGCAUAGUGCCAAGAUCUGUAUAUACAUCUGGGAAAUCCUCAUCUGCUGCAGGCUUGACUGCAACUGUUGCGAAGGAACCAGAAACUGGGGAGUUUUGUAUUGAGGCUGGUGCUUUGAUGCUUGCUGACAAUGGCAUCUGCUGCAUUGAUGAAUUCGACAAGAUGGACAUCAAAGAUCAGGUUGCCAUUCACGAGGCCAUGGAACAGCAGACUAUUAGUAUCACAAAAGCUGGAAUACAAGCAACACUUAAUGCUCGUACGUCCAUUCUUGCCGCUGCCAAUCCUGCUGGGGGACGCUAUGAUAAAUCUAAACCACUUAAGUACAAUGUGGCCCUUCCACCGGCUAUACUUUCGAGGUUCGAUCUCGUAUAUGUUAUGAUUGAUGAUCCAGAUGAUCAGACAGAUUAUCACAUUGCCCAUCAUAUUGUGAGAGUUCAUCAAAAGCGAGAAGCUGCUCUUGCUCCAGCAUUCUCUACAGCAGAACUGAAGCGUUAUAUAGCGUAUGCAAAAACUCUUAAACCAAAGCUCACGUCAGAUGCCAGAAAACUACUGGUAGACUCUUAUGUUGCGCUUCGUAGAGGUGAUACAAAUCCAGGGAGUAGAGUUGCUUAUCGUAUGACAGUUAGGCAGUUGGAAGCAUUAAUCAGGCUGUCAGAGGCCAUCGCACGGUGUCAUUUGGACAAUCAGGUACAACCUCGCCAUGUUCGUCUAGCAGUGAAACUGCUGAAAACUUCUAUUAUAAGUGUGGAGUCUAGUGAGAUCGAUCUGUCAGAGUUUCAAGAAGAAAAUCAGAAUGCCGGGGCNAAAAAACUAUAUACAAUUUAUCUGUGUCCACAACUUUCUCCCUAG